CGGUUCCCCACACCGCCCCCCUCGUCCCGUCUUGUGAUAACCGGCUCCCAGACGACGAUGAUGACGGGCCAUUGUUUUUGAAAAUAUAGCCGUUGAACGGCUAUAACAUUUAAUAAAAAAAAUUUCCCCUUUUCUAUAAAACCAUCUCAUUUUAUAGCAUUUUUCACCAUUUUCUCCCCACUUUCAACUCAAAACACUCUCUUUUUUAUACCAUUCUUUUAUAAAAAAAAAUAUCUUUUCAUCCACAAUGGCAUCUAAUUCUUGGUGGUCCUCAUCUUCUUCGGACGAAGAGGAGAUGUUUUUCGCAAACGCUGUGGUAAAGGCGGCGCAGAUUCUUAUGGAGGAGGAAGAGGAAGAGGAAGACGGCUCGUCUGAAAACGUUAUUAUCAGACGAAUACGGAUUAACAGAGACCGCCAAGGAGCGCACGAGAAAUUGGUGAACGAUUAUUUUUCGGAUGCACCCCUUUACAAUGCCGACAUUUUCAGACGAAAGUUCCGAAUGAGUCGCCGGUUAUUCACACGGAUUGCUGAUGAUUUGGCGGGGCUAGACCCGUUUUUCACGCAACGACCCGAUGCUCGAAAUUAUGAAGGGUUCACCACGUUACAAAAGUGUACUACGGCCAUUCGCCAACUGGAGUACGGGACAAUGGCCGACGCUUUUGACGAGUACUUACAGGUAUCGGCAAGAACUACGCGGGAAUGUUUGUAUCGGUUUUGCCAUAAUGUGGUGAAACUGUAUAGCAAACAAUAUUUGCGAAAACCAAACGCGUAUGAUGUUCAACAGUUGUACCAAGCUCAUGAAGCACGACACGGGUUUCCGGGAAUGCUUGGUAGCAUUGAUUGUAUGCAUUGGGUGUGGCAUAACUACCCGACUGCGUGGCGAGGCCAAUACACGCGAGGUGAUCACAGCCAUCCAACCUUAAUACUUGAGACUGUGGCGUCACAAGAUUUGUGGAUAUGUCAUUCUUUCUUUGGUCUCCCUGGUUCACUCAACGACCUCAACGUGCUAUACCAAUCCGCGAUCUUUAGCGAUGUCGUUAAUGGAACCGGUCCGGACACCCGUUUUACAGUUUCUGGGGUUGAGUAUAGACGUGAGUAUUAUCUUGCUGACGGAAUAUAUCCGUCUUGGUCUACAAUUGUCAAGACUAUUCCAUUUCCCGAGGACGAAAAAAGGAAAAAAUUCGCCAAGCAUCAACAAGCUGCAAGAAAAGACAUCCAACGUUGUUUUGGUGUUUUACAAAAAAAAUGUGCCAUCAUUCAACAACCAGCACAUGCGUUCACACCGAAGAGAAGAGGUGCAACAUCCUUCUUAUUCAGAGAGUAUCAAUACGUAGGCAUAUUCAUGGUUGUUUUCGCAAUCUUGAUCUUUCUAUUUCUGGGUUCUGUUGAGGGACUUAGCACAAAAACUCAACAAUGCACCUACGAUGUUCACCGAAGGUGCAAACUUGCACUCCCUACCGCUUUAUUCAGCAUUGUAUCCUUCUUACUAGGAGCCAUUACAUCCGUCCUCUCGGGUUUUAUCGGUAUGAAAAUCGCCACAUAUGCAAACGCAAGAACGACGCUAGAAGCAAGAAAAAGUGUCGGGAAAGCGUUUAUUACCGCGUUUAGACCUGGUGCUGUUAUGGGUUCACUAUUAUUCGGUUCGGUUCAUUGGUUGAGUGAAUCGGGUUUUAAAGAUGGGUGGAUUGAAGAAUUCAUCAAUAGAAAUUAG